AAGUGUUUCCCACUGAUGAUAUGUAUCUAUUAAGUUAUUAUUUUCUGGGGGUGAACUGGGGUGCAAAAGGCACUAUUCAUUACUUAACUAGUAAGGGGCUGCAAGAUGAACUAGGGUGCAAAAGGCACAAUUUCUCAGUUGAAAAAGCUACCUAAAUGCACAACCACAGGGCCUUGAGCUUACUAAUCCCAAAAGCUGGUGUACAUAUCAGAAAGAUGUACAUAUCAGAAAGGUGAAAAAGCUACAAGUAUGCUUAUAUCUUUUUUGUUGAAACUUUAUAAAAUUAAAGCAUCAUAGUAAACCAUUUAAUACAACUAAAUGUAAUGAAACUGGCUCUCCCUAGUUUCCAAAUGGUGCAGUAUGAAACCUAAUGAUGCAGAAAAAGCAGAUUGAUUCCUUUUCUCCAGUAAGUCCUUAAAUCCAAAGUCCAAGCAAUUCCUUUUAAAAGCCAGAUCCAAAAUCUGUGGUUUCAGUUGGAUGCUACGUUCUCUGAUGGCACUGCUCCCCUCAUUGACUAUUGAUUUUAUCACGCUCAAAAUGAAAUGGAAGAAACUAGUGCUUAGUGAGUCCGUAGAUGCAUUUGCAUCUAUCAUGGGGCCUGGACAUCCGGGACGCCUGAGAUUGUAUGGACGAGGGGUUACAAGAAUUCUUUGAGAGGGAAAGUAGGAUGUUUUGAAUCCUCUUCAAAUACUACAAAUUAUCUACAAAAAAUGGAGGAGAAUAUACAAAGAAUGGAGGAAAAAAUUGAGGAACAAAAGGCAACUAUCCGUCAAGAAGUUGUUGCAGAUGUCCUUGCACGACUUCAGUGUUCAGGAAUUGAUAUUGAUGCUAACAUUAUUCUAGCGGCAUUGGGUGAUAAUUCUCUAGGAGAAGCUUCUUUUGCACAACAAGCAACUUUACAACCAAUCCGUCGUCCAUCUACUAAUAUCAACAAAGAAGGCCAACUCAUUCCAGGUGCAGUGAUUGCAGAUGAAAGCAGUGACGAAGACCUUACUUGAGUGUUAUUGAUCGUUGUUAGACUUUCUAUUAUUAUGUUUAAGGAUAUUUUAGUUUAGAACUUUUUGUAUACAAACUCAUCUAUUUUGACUUUUGAAUUGUUUGACCAAACAAUGUAUCCAUAUUUUGUUUUUGUAUAUGGAUAAUGCUAGUUGGAUAUGGUGUAAACAAUUUCAUAGAAUAGGAAACUAUUUCUCAUUUUGCUUC